ACAGGGAGGCCGAACCACAACCAGGUAACCAAGAAAAAACGAGACCGCGAGAAAAGGCUUCAGGGCUUGAUAUGGGGUUAGCGUGAGACGAACCAGGACCUUUUUCUGCCUUCUUUACCAGUCAAACCAGUAACUCUGGAUAGAGAGCACAAGUACUGCAACAGUUUUUACCCUUGUGGUCCCUGAUGGCUUCGCACAGUGAUACUCUGGUGGUGUUCUUUGGGGCAACAGCUGGUGCAAAUGGGGGUAAACUGGGGUCGGAUGAAAGGGAAUUAAUUCUCUUGGUGUGGCAAAUUGUGGAUCUACAUGAGAAUAAGGUGGGCAAGCUUAAGCGGACUCUAGUACAGCCGGACAGUGCGGAUCUGUCGGAGCAGUGCAAGGAGGAGACCGGGCUCACGGCGGAGGAGCUGUGCAAGGCCGAGCCGCUGGAGAGCGUCCUGCAGCAGUUUUAUCAGUCGGUGUCAGCUGAACUGAAGUCUCUGGGCAGAAGCUCCUACACACUUUGUGUGGGUGGACCACUGCUUAUCCGACAGGUGCUGCACCCUGAGGCCUCCAAAAAGAAUCUAGUCCUGCCAGAGUGCUUCUACACAUUUGUGGACUUGAAGAAAGAGUUUCACAAAUGCUGCCCCAACGCAGGCCCUGUCAAAGAUCUCACUCUGACCUCCAUGCUGGACUAUGUGUGUAUUCCUGCAGCGGUGGAGCAGGAGGCCGGAAUGAGGGAGGCGAAGAACAUGGUUCUGCUAAUUCUGCACCUCCUGACUGAGCCUUACAAUCACACAUUCUCCACUUUUGAGACUGUAAACUACAAGUUUGAAUCUGGAGCAUGCAGUAAGACAGAAGCUGUGGACAGCGAGACGGUCGUCAGAGCUCGUGGGUUGCCAUGGCAGUCAUCUGAUCAGGACAUCGCUCGCUUCUUCAAGGGCCUCAACAUUGCCAAAGGUGGCGUUGCACUGUGUUUAAAUGCUCAGGGCCGGAGGAAUGGGGAAGCUCUGGUGCGCUUCAUAAACUCUGAGCACAGAGACAUGGCACUCGAGCGACAUAAACACCACAUGGGCAACAGAUACAUUGAAGUGUAUAAAGCGACUGGGGAGGAAUUUCUGAAGAUUGCAGGAGGCACGUCCAAUGAGGUAGCUCAGUUUCUUUCUAAGGAAAACCAAGUGAUAAUCCGAAUGCGUGGGCUUCCGUUCACUGCUACUCCUCAGGAUGUUCUGGGCUUCCUGGGCCCGGAGAGCCCGGUGACGGAUGGGACGGAGGGGCUUCUGUUUGUGAAGUACCCAGACGGACGUCCCACAGGCGAUGCAUUUGUUCUCUUUGCCUGUGAGGAAUAUGCCCAGAAUGCCCUGAAGAAGCACAAACAGAUCCUGGGCAAGAGAUACAUUGAGCUGUUCCGCAGUACUGCAGCUGAGGUCCAACAGGUUUUGAAUCGCUACAUGUCCACUCCAUUGAUCUCCACACUUCCUCCUCCUCCGCCUCAGAUGGUGUCUGUACCCGUGUUAGCCACGUCACCCUUCAUCACCACCGGCAGCACGCGAGACUGCAUCAGGCUGAGAGGUCUGCCGUACACUGCCGCCAUCGAGGACAUCCUGGACUUUAUGGGAGAACAUACCAUUGAUAUCAAACCACAUGGGGUGCACAUGGUCCUUAACCAACAGGGUCGACCCUCUGGUGAUGCCUUCAUUCAGAUGAAGUCAGCUGACCGUGCGUUUAUGAUGGCUCAGAAGUGCCACAAGAAGAUGAUGAAGGAUCGUUAUGUAGAGGUGUUCCAGUGCUCCACUGAGGAGAUGAGCUUUGUGCUGAUGGGUGGAACGCUUAACCGCAGCGGCCUCUCGCCGCCUCCUUGCAAACUGCCCUGUCUCUCUCCACCAACAUAUGCUGCAUUUCCUGCGACUCCAGCUAUGCUUCCCACUGAGGCAGCGUUGUAUCAGCCCCCCCUGCUGGCCACUCCAAGAACUCCACAGGCCCCAGCACACAACCCUGUACCUGCUUUAGCCUACUACUCUCCCCAGCUUUACAUGAACAUGAACAUGAACAUGAGCUACACCACUUACUACCCCAGUCCACCGGUCUCUCCCUCCACGGUGAGUUACACGGGGGUCAAAGACAUCCUCGGCUUCUUUCAGGGAUAUCAGCUGACACCCGAUUAGGUGGAGACGUCAGAGGUUGGUAUGACACCAGCACUCGGAGGAGGAGGAAAGAGGGUUGAGUUAGAUGGAAAUGAGUGAUGCUUUGAUUUGGGCAAGGGUCUGUGUGUGCUUUCUCUCUCAAAAUAUAUAAAUAUAUAGCCAUGGAGAUUUUCUAGAUAUUCUAGUUUAUUUUCUGUUGUGUGGUGGGGUUGGUAAAACUGCUCAGCAUGCAGCGCCCCUGCCCUCUCAUCUAAGGCGUGUGACACUCUGAGCUGUGCGUCUAACACUGUUCACAAAGCGUAGCACAGUGGCGCGUGUGUCAAAUGCCGAGUUCAGGUUUGAUUCCUGGCUGAACCGAUGAAAUGGAUCCGAGCCCAGUCCACCCUCCAAGUGUGCUUUUAACCUCUGCUACAAAAUGCACACUACGGGCCUCUGUGUGCGGGAAGCGUUUCUUUUUUGGCAGGUGGUCUGGACCCCCUCUUUCUUUCCAUAUCUAUAGUGCAUUCAUGCUUGGACAUCUUAUGUGCAACCCAGUAUGAUGCAUACUUUUUAUUUCUGCUGUACAGUGUAUUGGGGUGGUGUGUUAAAUGCGUAUGGUUGGACAUACACUGGUGUCACCUCUUAGGUUAUGAUAACGCACUGCACUUCAGAUCUGUUUGAAGAGCCUUGCAAAUGAACUACAUUUAGUAUGCUCAAUACUCUUUCCUUCAUUUACCUGUAGUUUUUUACAUUUUCAAACAUGCAGUAGACAUAGGGGUGUGAACAUAUGUGAUCUGACAAUGAUUUAAUUAAAUUGAUUCAGGUUUUUGCUUUUUAAUAUUAUUGUGGAAAUCAUAACCCAAACUUUUGGAUGUUAGUAAGAUUGAUUGCUUGCACUUAAAAAAUUUUCUAAAAUAUUUCUAUUUCAAAUAAAUGUU